AAGACGGAGGAGGAGAGGAAAAAGAAGAAGAAAAAGAAGAAUUAAAAUAUAAAGAAGAAGAAGAAGAAGAAGAAGAAGAUUUAAUAAAAGAUGAAGAAGGAGGAGUAGGAGGAGGAGAGGAAAAAGAAGAAGAAAAAUGAGAAUUGAAAUAUGAAGAAGAAGAAGAAGAAGAAGAAAUAAAAGAAGAAAACGGAGGAGUAGGAGGAGAAGGAGAAAUUUAAAUGAAGUUACGAGCGAAAAGGAAGAACCCAAAAUAAAGAAAAAAUAAGAAAAAUGCAGUACUACAUAAUUACCUUCCAAGUACUGUGAUAAUUGCUCUUAAUUGAACAGGUGAGAGUGUGAGACUGUUAAGUUUCGCGAGGUGAGUGGCAUAUUAAUAAGUGAGAGAAGAAGAAGAAGAAGAAGAAGAAGAAGAAGAAGAAGAAGAAGAAGAAGAAGAAGGAAAGACAGUGAAGGAGAAAUACAUACGAUGAACAGAAAUAGAAGAAGAAGAAGAACAAGAACAAGAAGAACAAGAAGAAAGAAGAAAAAGAAGAAGGAAAGACAGAGAAGGAGAAAUACAUACGAUGAACAGAAAUAGAACAACAACAACAGCAACAACAACAACAACAACAACAACAACAACAACAACAAAGAAGAAAAAGAAGAAGGAAAGACAGAGAAGGAGAAAUUACAUACAAGGAACAGAAAUAGAAGGAGAAGGAGGAAGAGAAGAAAGAGAAGGAAAAUUAGAGAACGGAAGACAUAGAAGGACAAAGAGGAGAAAGAGGUGAAAGAAGGGAAAGUGAGAGUGAAAUAAAGGGAGGAGGAGGAGGAGGAAGAGGAAGAGGAAGAGGAAGAGGAGGAGGAAGAGGAAGAGGAAGAAGAGGAGGAGGAGGAGGAAUCUAAACCAUCUAUCAUUUUUUCUUUUUUACUUUCUUUUUUCUCUCACGUGUAACAGAAUAAAAACAACAUGAACGACUGACGAACGAAGGAAGGAAGGAAGGAAGGAAGGAAGGAAGAAGAAAAAAAUAAAGAAAAUAAAGAAAAGGAAAGAGAACGAAAGGAAAAAAACGAAAUCAGGAAAACAAAACAAAAACAACAACGAAAAAAAUAACAACAAGAAGAAACCAAAAUGAACGGACGGGAGAAGUCGCUGCGUCUGUGCGUGGUGUUCGUCCUGUCGGGGCUGCUAACCCUCUUGUGCCUAGCGCGGAGCAGCAUCGACAUCCCGCCGGGCAUCAGCCAAUACCUGGAUAUCGUAAUGGCGGUGCUGAUGGUGGUGCUGCUGCUGUGCGUCCUGGAGCUCUGUCUGGGGGUCGAGCUGUGCGGGGUCAUAUGCAGCGGGCGUCACAGUGAGAUGGAAGACCCCGAGCGGCGAGGAGGCGACACGGACCCAUCCACGGUUGAGUCCAGCGAAGCACCGCCCUCGUACGACAGCAUCAUGGCUCAAGGGCGGGCGGAGACUCACGUGGGGGCCGCCGAAGGACCAGACCGAGGGCGAGAACGCGAAUCGGUGCCUCUGAAACGCGCCUUCAGCUUCCACUUCAAGUCCCCAACACCGGACGAAGAAAGACUCCCGCCCGUGCGACCGCCCUCCGCCUCCGGGUAUAGUGAGACGUCCUUCGUGACCCCCGGCGAGCUGUGGUUAGCGGUGGACGGCCUGCCAACCUACGAGGAGGCGGUGGCGAGGUUGAGGGAGGCGGAGGAGGUGGAGGUGGUGAUGGCGAUGCAGGAGGGAGAAGCCGAAACAUUGACCCAGCAGCAGGAGGCAGGAUUGAGACAGCAGGACAUAGCAGAGUGGUUUCCAGUGGCCGAGGAAGCAGGGCAAGCAGGAAGGAGGGGAAGGGAGGGGAUGGGAUCUCUGCUGCAGGGAGAGGUGGACUCGAUGACCCAGCAGAAGGAAGAGGAAGCGAGGUAGCAGAAGGAGGAGGCAGGAGACUGUAUUCCAGAUGAGCAGAAAGCAGGACAGAAGGAAGAGGAGGAGGAGGGUGCGACGACGAGGCUGCAGAAGGAGAACGUGAAGGCGGUGAGGGACAGGACACACGGAACUCAUUAUCAGAGGGAGGUUCACUGAUGGCCGACGGUGCUGCGGAUGACGAGUGUUGUGCUGUGUUGUGUUGUGUUGUGCGUGCUGUACCGAGGCCAAGACGGGAAUUUUUGUGUGCCACGAUUAAUCCCUUUACAACGAAACUAGAAGGUGCCUCGAGUGAACUACAUCUGGGUCCUCUUGAAAGUGUUUCCCCUUGUGUAUAAGAGGAGGAAAGACGUUCAGUAAAGAAGAGCUGUUCAGAGCGUUCCAGUGAAUAGGAUGAAAGAGCUAAGAUACUGAUUAACCCUUGCAUUUGAACAUUGGGCAGAAUAUGGAUGAACUUGAGUGUAAUGUUUUGAAAGAAUUUAGCUCGAAGGAAGGAGAAUAUACAGUACAAAGAGGGCUGUUUGAGAGUUAACCAGUGCGAAGGAUGAAAGAGUUAAGAUACUGGUUAACUCGUGCAUAGGAAAGUUGAACAGCUUGAGUGAAAUGUCUUAAGAGUUUAGAGAGAGAGAGAGAGAGAGAGAGAGAGAGAGAGAGAGAGAGAGAGAGAGAGAGAGAGAGAGAGAGAGAGAGAGAGAGAGAGAGAGAGAGAGAGAGAGAGAGAGAGAGAGAGCAAUGGAUCCCAGCGCAAGUGUUUGUGUUGGUAAAUGGUGAAAAAAAUAAUAAAAGAAGUAAAGAGAAAAAAGGACAGCAGAAACCACGGCCAACCUCUCACUAAGGGAACUUCCGUGUGUCUGGCGCCUCAUGAACUCCCGGGAAAGACGCGAUGAGCCGAGUACCGCCAAGAAUCACGCGCCUCGGGGCCAUUCGUCGCCUCAGAGAGAAAAUUCUUGCAUGACCACGAACAUUUCUGGCGACGAGGCCCUCCGUGUGUGUGUACCUGUGUGCGUGCGUGUGUGUGUGUGCUAAAGACAUUCCCCUAAGGCCUUGGUAUGUGUUGAACUGAACCGAAAGACUUGAACGAAAUCGAAACUAUAGGCUUGUGAUAUUUUUUUAAUGUAUUUUGUGUGUGUGUGUGUGUGUGUGUGUGUGUGUGUGUUGACGUGACUAAAAAUCCCAGAAGUCAAACUGAACAACAACAAAAAAAAACGAUACAAUAGGCCUAAGUACGUAUAGUUUGUAAGUGUUUUGUAUCACUGAACCAUUAAAGUGUAGGGUGUGACUCAUAA